AUGGGUGUGCUGCGAAUUUUUUUUAGGAGGGCUAGGCAAUGGUGCGGAGGGUGGGUGGGGUGGGGUUGUUGCAGGUCCAAGAAGGGGAAUGGGGCUGAGGGAAAUAUUAGUUUGAUUUUGUGCUUGAGGUGGUCGUGGGUUGCAGGAGGGAUAGGCAAUGGUUCGGAGGGUGGGUGGGGUGGGGUGGGGUGGGGUGGGGUGGGGUGGGGUUGCUGCAAGUCCAAGAAGGGGAAGGGGGCUGAGGGAGAUAUCGACAUGGAGACGGUGGCUGUCCAACCCUACCAAAAUAACCCUCAAAUGGACGGAUUAAUGAAUGAAAUGUUCGAAUUUUGA